AUGUCCGUCAACCUCUCCGGUGAAGUUCAACUCAAUGCCGAUGCCACUUCAGCUACAGGCCACUUUCACAAAGUCGACGUGCUGGGCAGCGUUGGCUUCGAUGGCGAAUGGGUCCUGUGCAAGUUCGCUUGCGAUGGCACUGGCGACACGAUCAAUCUGGAGCGGCGUCUUGAUGGCGUGGCACCGAUUGCAGAGAAGCCUGAAGCAGAAGAAGACACGGCCGAUGAGGAAGUCGAGCAGUACCCCCAUCACGUCGUUCUGCCAGAAGACCAAAUUCCCAUGACAAAGGAGCAAGAAUACAAGGAACUCAUCGAACAGGCCACCAAGGGCAAGUCUCGUCCUCGCAGGGGCCAGAGUAGACAGGACUCGCACAUCAAUCUCGCCGGCGAAUCCAAUCUAGCCACAACAGCAGACGCGGCAGCUUCCAGCAAGGCCACCAAGAAGAGGAACCGACAGCCGUCCACGGCUGAUCCCAAGCCGAAAGCCGAUACGACCCUCGACGACGAUGACGGCGAAGACGCACCACAUGAAGACCAGCCACCAGUCUCUAAGAAGGGGCGGACCAACAGCCGUCCGAAGGCCACGGCUUCGGCUGCUCCGGCCAAGGUCAAGACGAAGAAGGCAUCCUCGGUCCCAAAUCAAAAUCCGCCAAAGAUUGACGAAGCCGAGCAAGACGAGAGCGAGGACGAAGAUGGCAGCGAGGAUGACAGCGAGGAUGACAGCGAGGAGGCUGAAGAGCAGCAAGAGCCGCAGACUGUCCCCAAGGGACAGAAGAAGAGGAAAAAGUCGGCAGCAUGGCCUGCGAAGGACAAGAAUAUGCCCCGGAAUCGGAACAAGAAGUGA